AUGCCCCAUCACUUCGAGCAGCAGUGCGCCGAGGACCAUGCUGGUCAGUCCGAAGGAGCAAGCGAUGAGAGCUACGUCAGUAUUGAGCAGCUGCAAGAGAUGCUAGAGUCCUAUCGGAAUGUCAUCACGGACAAAUCCAACCAGGCAACAGAUCUCGAGCACGAGAACAAGAAGUUGAAAGAGCAAUUGAGCUUGGUCAGCGGAGACUCGCGAUGGAAACUAUCCAGCUUUCUCGGCAGGUUUAGUAAUGAGAAAGCUCUUUGCACUCAUGACACUGAGAAAUACGACACCUACAUCAGCGAGCUUGAGGCCAGGCUCGAGAAUGCCGAGCAGAAGUGCGUCCAGCUAGAAGUAGUCACCAAUCAUCAGGCCGCCGAGCUCAGGAAUGCCGAGCAAAAGUUCAUCGAGCAGGAAGCUAUCAUCAAGCAUCAGGCCGCCAAGUUCGCCAGAGACCUUGAGGAGCAGAAGUUGAAAGAUCCCGUUGGAUACACGAAGGUCUCGGACAACGAGAUCGAAUCCAAAUGGAAGCAGCUGCGAUUUCUGGUUCGACAGUUUGUGGAGAGCCACUUCCCCCAGUCCAUCGAUUGGGAGACUGCCAAUUCGCUAGCCUUCCUGAAGCCAAUUUCUACAGCUACCAAGUACCAGGCAACGUCGCCGCGUUUCUAUCCGCUCAUUCUGGAAGCGUAUGUAUGGAACUAUCUUCACGACUACAUCUUUCGCAUCCAGGCCACUUACUGGAAUGGGUCACUUGGUUCGUCUCUUUCCGUCGUAUUUCACAAGAUAGCGGCCACCAUUGACGGCAAGGAACAGGACGUCCAUGGCCAGAAACCCACCCGGGAGCGUUUUCAUGAAUGGCGGUCCCAAACUGUGCGAUUUGCCAACAUGGUCCCACACCGGAACUAUCUCCCUGUUCUUGUGUCUCAUUUCUAUUCGAGGAAACUCAGAGAUGUGUUGGCCCAGGACACCAAAGAGGAUGCGGUGAAUGCCGCUGUCACCGAGAUCAUCACGCUUGCAGCAGAACUAGACACGAUUUUCCGCACAUCAAAGGCAGACUUUACGAUCGUCAUCAGUGAUGCCUGGCCUGAUUCUCUUCUUGACGAAAAUUACAGGUUCGGGUUUCCCUUCAAUCCAGAUAUGAUGGAGCCCACGCGCCGUCUCCAUCCUCCGCCUCACUGUUCGAAGAGAAACGAGUCGAUGAAUGUCGACCUUGUUAUUGCCCCCGGGAUCGUCAAAUGCGGGACGGCGGACGGGAAACAUUACGACAAAAAGAUGGUUCUCGUUAAGCUUGAGGUGAUAUGCGAUAAGCAGACCAUGCAGGAUGGGAUUUCUAUUCCGAAGAAGGUGAAGACAUCGGGUUAG